AGGAGGGGCUGUGGCGAACCCGGGGUGAGACGUCACGUCAGCCUGCCGGCCUGUCAAUCUUCUGAGCAAAGCUGGGAGCGAGGGGUGAAGCGAAGCCUGGGCUAUCCCCAAUCUCGGAACUUAUCCUCCAUGGCGCUAAGGUUACCCAGCCGGAUAUUUCUGCAAUGCAGACGCUGUGUGACAAACUUCUGUGAUACUCGAGCACAGAGCACUAGUGCACCUGUGCCAAAAGAAAAAGAAGGGAAGCCCUUGGUGAACGGAUCAAAAGUUCCAAAAGCCCAGUUUGACUGGCGUGAUGCCCUACAGCUGGAAAGGCUCCUGACUCAGGAGGAAAUAAUGAUCCGGGACUCAUUUCGUGCCUAUUGCCAGGAAAAGUUGAUGCCCAGGAUCCUCAUGGCCAAUCGAAAUGAAG